UAAAUAUAUGAAUGCGUAUGGUAUGCGAGUACGGCAACGCAACCGUGAACCGGCGCGGUGACACUGGUGACAGUUGACAUUAUCGACUACGGCUGGCUGUAUUUACGAACCAAUUGUCACGCAGCGUUGUUACAGGAGGCAAUUCCAGCGAAACUGACGCGAGACAGUGCGACGAUCAAGUUUAGCGACGCUUUCGUUGUCGGAGCGAGAGAGAGAGAGAAAGACGAUCGUAGGUCUCGCUCGUCAUGACAAACCACAUUUCGUAGUAUUUCCAUUUUUCAGCUGCUCCUGACGGUCGUCCUCAAUCGGAUGCGCAAGGGGCUUUGAAUUGUCACGAAAAUCGCUCUCUCGGUGUCCGAAGCGCCUCAGCGUACGCACGAGAUGGAGGAUGCGCAAGAAGAGCUGUAAUUUGUCGUGGACGACGUGAGCAACAUCAUUAAAGAGGCGAUCGAGGUGUCGAUAGGUGGCAAUACGUAUCAGCAUAACAAAGUUAAUCAGUGGACCUCGAACGUGGUGGAGGCGUGCUUGGGCAACCUUACAAAGUUACAGAAGGCUUACAAGUAUAUCGUGACUUGUACGAUCAUGCAGAAGAACGGCGCUGGCCUCCACACCGCAAGUUCGUGUUACUGGGACAACGCCACCGACGGCAGCUGCACAGUGCGCUGGGAAAAUAAAACCAUGUAUUGCAUCGUGUCAGUCUUCGGGCUGGCCCUGUAAGUCCGCCCGCCGAGCAAAAUCCUGCGCCUGAGAAGAUACAUAAUUUGGCAAUUAUGAGAUGCACAGUAAAUGCCAGCUUUCAGAGAUGAAACGUUUUGUUCUAUAGUCACCUAACGAAACUUCAUAUUUUUGCACAAAUUUGCAGAAAUUAGGGAGGUAGAGGAGCCCGAACGAGACUGUGCUCCGCUUAAAUGUAGUUGCGCGAUGCAAUGAUUAACGUGUGUGAUAUAAAAUCGGACAUACGUACGCAAAAUAGAGAGAGAGGGUGCGCUGAAAUAUAUUUAACUUUCUUAUAUUUACCUUUACGAAAAACGAUAUCUCUGUCUACAUUGUAACUUCUGUGAAAAAUAAAUGCAACCAAAUAUUGAUUCUUA